AUGACUACGGGCCAACGGCAGGUUGAGCUUCGGUUCGAUGCAGUAGCGAUCGAUCGCAAGUGGCAAGAGCGUUGGGAGCGCGACGGUAUCUAUCGGGUUGAAGACGAAGAUCCGCGUCCCAAAUGGUUCGAGAUGACGAUGUACCCGUAUCCGUCGGGUGACUUGCACAUCGGUCACUGGUAUGCCUUGGCGCCAUCGGACGCCCACGCCCGUUUCCGGCGGAUGCAGGGGUACAACGUGCUGCACCCGAUCGGUUUUGACGCCUUCGGGCUGCCGGCGGAAAAUGCCGCGAUAUCCCGAGGUAUCCAUCCCUACGAAUGGACAAUGUCCAACGUAGAUAACAUGAGACGCCAAUUGCGUUCGAUAGGGGCGGUGUAUGACUGGGACCGCGAAGUGGUAUGUUGCCUCCCCGAAUACUAUCGCUGGAACCAGUGGUUCUUCAUAAAAUUGUACGAGCAGGGUCUGGCUUAUCGUGCCAAAGCGCCGGUGGUGUGGUGUCCGUCGUGUCAAACCGUCUUGGCCAACGAGCAGGUGCUGAACGGAGUAUGCGAAAGGUGCGACACACCGAUAACCCGCCGUGAUCUGGAGCAGUGGUUCCUCCGUAUCACCGACUACGCGGAUCAGUUGCUGAAUUUUGACACGCUGGAAGAGUGGCCUGACAAAAUCCUGACCAUGCAACGCAACUGGAUCGGCCGCAGCGAAGGCGUUGAAAUCGGUUUUGACAUUUCCGAGAACGGAUUGGACGAACGCGAAAUCAAAACCUUCACGACCAGAAUAGAUACCAUUUUCGGGGUAACAUUUUUGGUCCUGGCGCCCGAACACCCGCUGGUUACGCUCCUGACCUCCAAUAGCCGGCGAGAAGAGGUUGAGGCGUAUAUCGCCCAGGCCCGCCGCACAUCUGAAAUCGACCGCCUGUCAACCGACAAAGACAAGACCGGUGUGUUCAUUGGCUCAUACGCCCGCAACCGGUUGAACGGCGAACAAGUGCCGAUUUACAUCGCCGACUACGUGCUAACCACCUAUGGCACGGGCGCCGUGAUGGGUGUGCCGGCUCACGACUCCCGGGACUUGGCGUUCGCGCGCAAGUAUCGGUUGCCGAUUCGCACGGUCAUCGCACCCAUCGAAUGGGACGGCAGUGAACCAAAGGAUGCGUACCUUGGCGAAGGAUUCAUGACCAAUUCCGGCGCCUACGACGGUAUGACCGACCAGGAGGGUAUGAAGGCCGUUGCCAACGACGUUGAACGCCGGGGUUGGGGCCGACGAGCCGUUACCUACCGGCUGCGUGACUGGCUGAUAUCCAGACAGCGCUACUGGGGUACGCCGAUUCCCAUGGUGUAUUGCGACGCAUGCGGCGUGUCUCCGGUGGCCGAAGUCGAUCUCCCAGUUCUGCUGCCAGAAGACGCAGAAUUUCGUCCGACCGGCGAAUCGCCCCUGGCCAUCAACGCUGAUUUCGUCAAUACCGAAUGCCCGCAGUGCGGUGGACCGGGUCGGCGUGAAACCGACACCAUGGACACCUUUAUGGAUUCAUCGUGGUACAUGCUGCGCUACUGCAGUCCCAGGUACGACGGUGGUCCAUUCGCCCCUCAAGCCGCUUCAGACUGGAUGCCGGUGCGGCAAUACACCGGUGGAGCUGAACAUGCCGUGAUGCACCUGCUUUACAGCCGGUUUUUCAUCAAAGCCCUGCGCGACAUGGAUAUGCUCAACAUCGACGAACCGUUCCUGAGGCUGUUCAACCAGGGAGUGAUUCUGGGUCAGGACCACGAGAAGAUGAGCAAAAGCCGCGGCAAUGUGGUCAACCCCGACGAUGUGAUCGAUCAGGUGGGAGCGGAUGCCGUCCGGUGUUUCCUGAUGUUCAUCGGGCCCUGGGAUCAGGGUGGGCCGUGGAGUGACGAAGGAAUAAAUGGCGUCGUGCGUUGGCUCAACCGCGUUUGGACCGUCGUGGAGCAGGAUGCGGCUCUUUUGGACCAGGCUCCAUCUGACCCCGUAGCCGUCAGGGAAACCCAGCGCGUUUUGCACCAAACAAUCCGCAAAUGCUAUCAGGAACUGGACCGCUUCAAAUUCAACACGGCCAUCGCGGCGCUGAUGGAACUCCUGAACCACCUGAACAAAGUGUGGAAUGAUCGGUCAGUGGACUCUUCGAUCUGGCAGGAAUGCGUCGAAAAAUUCCUCCUGAUGCUUGCCCCCAUGGCGCCGCACGUAGCCGAGGAGAUGUGGGAGCGCACGGGUCACGCCUACAGUAUUCACCAGCAGUUGUUCCCAACCUGGGAUGACGAACUGGCUGCCGAGGAGGAAAUAACCCUGGUGGUCCAGGUCAACGGUAAGGUGCGCGACCGCAUACCCGUCCCGGCUGGCAUCGCCGAAGCGGACGCCAGGGAGCUCGCCCUGGGUAGCCAACGGGUACAGUCCCAUAUCGACGGCAAGACGUUGAAGAACGUCGUUUACGUACCCGGACGGUUGGUGAACGUUGUCGUUGGCUGA